AUGGCGCCCCGAAGAUCCAGUGAGCAGACAGUCCUCAAGCCGCCCGCAGACACCACCCUCCGCUUUCGAGAAGAUGGCACCUUCCACAUUGGAGUCUUCGAGGACCUGCAUUUCGCUGAAGAUGCAGAGAAAGACGUCAAGUCCAAGGGGGUGAUGUCAUACAUUCUAUCAGAGGAAGACAUCGACUUUGUCGUGAUCAACGGUGACCUAGUAUCCGGCGAAAGGACCCAAAAGGCAGAUUCGAAGAAGUAUAUCGCAGAUGUCGUCUCCCCGCUCGUGGACGGUGGCUAUCGCUGGGCAUCGACCUAUGGAAACCACGACAGCGAGGUCAACCUCAACCCAAAAGAGGAUAUGUACGAGGCCGAAAAGAAAUUUCCCAACAGUCUGACGCGGAGUUCUAUAUCCGGCGACGAAGCCGGGAUCACCAAUUACUACCUCCCCGUGUUCUCUCACGGCGACGAGAAUACGACGACACCCGCGCUUCUCCUGUGGUUCUUUGAUUCAAAGGGCGGUCAUUACUACCAACAGGAAGGAAAGGAGGGUCCAUCCGUCAAGCGAGCAAGUUGGAUUGAUGAAUCAGUGGUCGAAUGGUUCACAGAAACCAACACCAAGCUGAAAGAGGAGUAUGGCAAAGUCGUGCCAUCUCUGGCCUUCUACCAUAUCCCAGCACACGUAAUGCUCCUAGGGCAGCAGAGCGGCCGAUUAGACCCCCAUCGCACACCCGGCGCAAACCGCGAGCGCGUCAACCCACAGGGAACGGGCGAUUGGACAUAUGAUAGCCAAGAUGUCAAGUUCAUGGAAGCGCUCCUCAAGACCGAGGGACUGAUUGCUGGAUUUAGUGGCCACGACCACCAGAAUGACUGCAGGUGCUUCAAAUGGGAUGGAGCGCUCGUCGAUCACGACUUGGCCGGUAACGGCAUCAACAUGUGCUAUGGCCGACACACCGGUUAUGGUGGCUAUGGAGAUUUGACUCGUGGUGGGCGACAGAUCCUGCUUAAUGAAAGCAAUUUAGCCGAAGAUACGCAGACGUGGAUUCGAUUAGAAGAUGGGAUUGUUCAGGCGCAUGUUACGCUUAACACGACCUAUGGUCAAGAUACUUAUACUGCUGUCACGAAUGUUGGCCGGCCCAGCGUUCACACCGACUCAUCUUUGCUUCCGCUUUCAUGGCUGUGGUUCCCUGUCAUGAUGCUUUGGCGGUGGAAUACCUGA